AUGUCGAGCGAACAACCUUCACGAACAGGUGUGCGCAGUGGAGGCGAGUCCGAAGCAAGGAACCCGGCAAGACCCAUCCGAUCCAUUUUUCCAACACCGCCCCGAAGGACAUCCACAGACGGGGACACAUCUCGUCGACCAGCUGGGCUGCCUGCCAUUGGAAGAGCGCUCAAAUCCGGUGCACGAGUGUCGAGUGUCUCCCAAGGACGCCCGAGUUUUCCAUCUGUAUUCUCGGUGAAGAAGACGACUCAACCGGCGGCAUCAAGAUCCACUGGCAGCAGUGCACCCAUACCCAUACCAUCCCGCGUUCGUUUCCAACAGCACAAGUCAGCUUCCACUGGGAUCCGGCCUCGUUCGUCUUUUCCGAUAAUAUCAGCACCUGCCAGGAAAGCUGGUUCUAGACCCUCCAAUGCCGCGACUCCACAAAGCGCACCAAGCCAUAUCCCGUCGAAGACACCAAGUACAUUGCUCCCUCUCUGGCAAGAUCUAGACCGUGAACGCGAAGAGAGGACGCGCAGAAACAAACGGGCUCAUGGGGAAUUGGGCGGGUUCACGAGACGUAUGACCUCAAGUGCCGGUCAUCGAGGGCCAGCAGAUGCCAUCCGGCUUGACGUUGACAGCUCUAACCGACCCAAGACCCAUAUCGCCUCCAAGAUGAUACUCGAAGUCAACGGCGUGCUGGAAAUCUUGGACAGCGACGAGGACGAAUUACGUUACAGGUCGGCACGAAGGGUAGCCAACCGGAAAGUCUCCAGCGACUUGAGACCACAGGUUGCGAUGAAGAAGACCGCAAUGAAGGCUGCUCGGAAGAUUGAGUACGCCGACACUUCGUCGAGCGGUCCCAGCAGCUCUGACGAUGAGAGUAUGCGCACACGAUCUGACAUCGACGAGCUGGACGUGGACAACUACACCCCUCCGCCAGUCCCAAUACCGCUACCACCUACUCCGCCCGCCAGAGACGUCGAGAUGGGUGAGCCAGCCAAGGAUAUCUCGCCACCUCCGAUCCUCCUUCUAGACACGCCGCCGAAGAUCACUAUCCCUCUUCCUCAAAUCGACCCAGCACCUGUCAUUGUGGUCGACGAAAUCACACAGCCAGACCCCCCAGAUCAGCUAGUGGCAGCUCUUGAAAUGCUGUCGCUGCCAUCCAUCCGCAUGCAAAGUACACGUCAGCUCCCCUUCAUUCGACGGAAUUUGCGCCGGGGUUUUUCAAAGCUUUGCCGAGGGCUUGAGAUAGAUGUCUACAGCAAUGAUAAGGAGGUGUCCCUCACCGUCCUAUACGAAUAUGCGGGCGGCAUCUCUCACGAAGCUGAAGUCUCCGACUGGCUAUGUCCUCUAUGCGAGCUCUUCGGGUCAUUCGAAACGAAAGAAAUGUUAGGAUGUCAUUUGAGUUGGGACCAUGCUGAAGUGUUCCACGAGUGGCACAAAAUUGACGAAGAUGAGGACAGGGAAUCUUGGAAGCUCCAGAUCUUAAUUUCUGAACCUCUGCAGGACAGACAAAGUCAGCCAGAAGCUACCAGCGAGUCUGUCGUUAUUCCGGAAGCACCAAGAACUCGACUUUCUCUACCUCCAAUUGUUGCAAAGGUCGAGGAAGAGGAACCGCAGGAAGAGGAGGAGGGGGAACAGGAAGAACCACAAGUAGACGAGCUCAUGACACCAGCCCUCCCAGAUGUUGAACAGCCACCAGCCACUCCUCAAAACCGAAAUGUCAUCAGCAGUCCUUUUCCCUCCGUUUCCCUCUCUCCGCCUUCGGUGCGCCGGCAGAGUCCUCUUCGACCAAUAGUCACGCCUUCCAAAUUGCCCCAGUUGCGUCAGAAAACGGAAGUGUCUGAGCCGUCUAGCGUUCCUCCGUCCACGAUAACAUCAGAACCUCCGCCAUCUAUCAUCUCCCCAAGUAGGGGGUCCACAAUUCAAACUACAGCCCCUAAUUCAAGGAGCCGCUCGACUACUGGAAACACCCUUACAACUACAACGACUACGACGAGAACCACUGCGACAACAACAAGAGUUACCACGAGCACAGCAACAGCACUAUCUUCGAGAAGCCAGCGGUGUGUGACGCCUCCUCCCCAAGACAAUCCCCUCGGCCCUGCCACACAACCUCCUUACCUCCCAGCAAAGUCCGACUAUGGAGGUCCAACAGUCUACUACUCCUCUCGACCGGGUGGGCCAUGCCUCUUUGACCUUCUUGGGACACUGCCGAUGGAGAAAUUCGGUGUGCUUGAUUGGGACGUCAUUGAUCGCGAGGAGGAAAUCUACGAGACAGAUGAGGUCAAGGAGGAGUAUAAGGUGAUGCAUGCAUUGUGGGCGCGGUGGAUUCUGUUGAAUAGGACCAAAUUCAUCUCGAACUACCUCGAAGGGGCUAUGUCGUUUGUUGAUGAGUACUGGAAGAUAAUCCACCGCGCUGCUGGGUGGGAUGCACUACGUUACUGGUUAUUUAUUCUUGUUGCCAAUCAAUUCCUGACGGCUGGUGAUACCAGGAAGAUCCUUUUAUACUAUGAAGAGCAUACAGGAAUGGCGUCGUGGUACGAUUGA